AUGCCUCGGGGAGAGCAAAAAAGGGUCUUUUCCGAAAAUAUCAGGCGCGUGUCUCACCGGAAUCGCUUUCUCUCUUGUGCUCUUUCGGCCGCCAAGCACCGCACCAGAGCGCAAAAAAGGAAUUCCGAUAGAGAAUUCGUCGGGGGCCUUGAACUUAUCGCACAAGAGGCCGUGCCCACCGGAAUCUGUCAUCGGCUUUGUUCUCGACAUCGGUUUCCUUCAUCAUCUGCAUCGUCUCGCUCUUCUGUGUUUGCCUCUGCAUACUCAGAUCCGUGCAUCGUGCGAGCUCGUUCUCGGUACAAAGAGCAGCACACAAGGUUCACGCAGCCGGACUCGCCCAUUUCUCCUAACAAGCUUCGCCAACGCACGCAAGUGGAGGUCCCUUUGACCACCUCGCUGCGCAACAUACGGGUUGCCUUCCGUCCUCACACGGAAGCAAGCAUCCCUUCACCACUUGCACACCCGCUGCGCACUCGACACGCAUUUCGAAGCCAGCAGAAGCCGAUCCGCUUUCAUUCGCAGCGCACAGUCUUUCCUGCGUAG